AAAACAUAGAUUACACAUGCAUUCCAAUAUUAACACGCCUUCUUGUAAUGAAAAGACUAGAAGAUGAAGCUGCGCGGACAACAUUCUAUGGGAAUUUCAGCAAAUGUGAAAAAUCCGCGGAUUACCGCAAAGAAUACAUAAACAUAUGCACGCACAGGCGCGAACUUUGUGAUUCGUGCUUGACUGUUUCUUUGUUAAAAUUCCAAUUCGCCAGAAAAAAUUUCGUUUAUUCGAUAGAACCGCUCGGCCGUGCAGGGAUUAGUCUUCUCAGGCAGAUGAAGCAGCUGCAGCACAACCGCUAUUUUUUGUUAAUGAGAUUUUUAAUUUUAGCUGCACCGAUGGAUGAGGAUAAGCAGAUGCAAAUCCAUGAGUACCAGCGCAGCCCUAUAGAUAAUGUCAUUUAUAUUGUCUAAAUACGAGUACAAAAACAAACUCGAUGCUAUGCAGCAAGAAACGGACCAAAGUCUUCAUUUGGAAGAAGUUCUGGCUUGUAGCAUUCUUUAUUUUAAUCAGGUCUCGACUGGCACGAUGAUCGUACUCGUAUUAAGGCUCGAGCGUGCCGACAAAUCAAUGUGGUGCUUGUCACCGCGCAAGUGGCUGAAGCUGCCCAGAAUCGCCCACAAAAAAGCGAUGGGAUCAACUUCAUAAUUAUUUUUUCUACUAGUGUUGUGAAUCCUUGAAGAGGAGGCUUCGCACUCGUCACCAUGACAACUACUUAUUCGCGGUGAGUAGGUACAUCUGUAGUUGUAGAUACUAGAUAGGGCGGUUUAGAAGCGAAGUUGCUGGAUUGCUAGCGGAAGUUGAAAGCAGCGCUACUUGUCAUCGUCGACAGUUAAAAAGAAAAAUAUCGAUCACACAGAAGAUAGAUUUUAAUGCUCUUAUUAGCCUUAUCGUGAUAGAAAUCAGAUGAACCGCCCAACUGAAUUCUCGCUGCCAUAGAAAAUUUGCCCGCUACCAAAGAAACAUUUUCUUCUUUAUCUCUUUUUGUUCUUUUGGAAGGAACAUCGUCACUUAGAUUUACCCUUUCGAUAUGGAUGUUGUACUCACCUUUUGCUGUGAACAGGGCUGGAGCGCCGCCCUCUUACAGCUAUACCAGAUUGAAAGCAAGGUGAUCAAGGGUGUAUUGUUUCUAGUUCUUUAGCAAGUAGUGCAUGUGCAGGCCAAGACGAUGAAUACUAGAAAUAGGCGCACUAGAUGAAAUAGAAAGACAAGAUGAAGAAUAUAAAGUGGCUCGAAUAGAUUUAGGUACACCGCAAGCGCAACUGCUAGAAUAAGUAAAAGAGCAAGAUGUAGAUCUAUGUUGAAGAAGAAGAUAAAAACGAAAAGAAAAAACUAUAAAUAAAUCCACAUCAGAAGAUGGUUUUGGUACUAUUAUUUCACUUUCAUGAUCAUGGUGGUCUCAUAUCCGUUCAUCGCGUCCAACUGUCCAUGAGGAGGGGACAACAUCACCCGUGAAAUGAACAUGCAUGGAACCUCAACCAGCACAAAUGCAAACAUAAACUUUUCACUUCGCUUUUGCUUUCUGAAAACAAAAAAAAACAAUGACUAAACCUUCACCUAGGAGCACUCUAGCCGCUACACAGGCAACUCACUGGGAGCUCGAAGAUUGUGGCGCGCGCACUUUUUGUGGAUUUUUUGUAUUUUG